UUACAGAACAAAUCAGAGCAAUUUAUUGCCAUUAACCAGAUCAAAAAUCAAGCAACAAGCAUCAAGCACCAUAACUACAAAAACAAAACUAAAAUUUAACAGCAACGGCCGCAAGCUCUGCAACUUUUGCUAAAAUUAAAGAGAUUUGCCAAACAAUAGCAAUUUGUUGCCAUUUCAGCUUUUCAUACGAAAUUAUUGCCAGCAACUUUUCACACAACAAGCGUCAUAACUAACGGAAGUGCGAAAAAAAGUCACAGCUACAAACACGAAAGCAUCAAAUACCAAAGCGGUCUAAUGAUGUUUGUGCCACAACACAGGUACAACAGCAACACCAAUAAUUGCUAUAGGAAAAAGCUGAGUCUACAAUUGGCUAUGACUGAGCUGUUGUUGUUGGUGCAAUUCUCGCUUUGCUUGGGGGUGUUUUUAUUGGAGGCAGUCGACGCGGCUGAACCGCCAGCCGAAUUGUUGCUGGAAGGUGUCAGGUUAUUAAAAUCGAUGGAGCAUGCACAGGAAAAACAACAACAACACCAACAAUACCACCAAAAAGCGCAUUUGUUACAUGCACAAGCGAAGCGUUUUCCUUUCGACACGAACAGCGCUGAUGUUGAUCUUGAUGGCAUGCAAGCACCAGUAUUGUCGCCAGCCGAUGAUAUAUCGCGAUUCGAACGUGAACUAUUUCUGCAAAGCGCCAUUGAUGAUGCACCGCUGACCGAUGAUGUGGUACUGCCAUUGGAGCCCGACACCUUGGACCACGCAGAUUUAAUGGAGCGUUCAAUCGAUUACAACCAACACCAAUCGCCGUCGUCCAUGUGGUUGCAGCAGCACAACAACAAUGGUGGCGAUCAUAAAACAGCGAGCAGCACUUUUUCGAAAAUGCACCACCCCUAUCAGCAACAAAAACCACACCAAAAGCAUACCCAUCAUAUGAGCGGCGACACGACCUCCACUAAUUCGGCCACACCAGCAUCGCCUGCAGCUGAACCCCAACGCAAUUGCGCUAUCGUAAUCUCCACAAAGCUGACAGGUGUUUGCCAAGCAAUGGCACCCAUUGGCACGGCUUGUGUGGCUGGUGAUUACAUGGACGUCUACAAUCAGGAUUGCAUGUAAAGUGGCAGCCAAAAGUUGAAGUUGCAAUCGAUUGCUGAUUUUUGUUUUUCUCUACUCAUGAAAUACCGACACUGAGCUUAAACGAAAACUUUCU